AGCAAAUUUGGCGGUGCAUGUUCAGUCUAUGCAUGCAGUAGAACUCCGAUUGGAUGGGUGAUAGGGCGCCUAUGCAAAGGCGCAUUACCCCUCAUCUGGACGUAAAUUCAACAAAGCAUAAGUAUCCGUAUUUUGGAUUUAUUGCUGGUAUGUAUCCCAGCGAUGGAAGUGGUUGUUGGUGUGUGUUGUUGUUGUUAUUCUCCAAUCAUGAGUUGCCGCCCCUGGUUUUAGGGAACGAAGGGGAGGCACUGGAAUGUGCAAGCAACUCCCAAAUGAACACUCAGGGUUUCCCUUCCCUCCUCUUCCUCUGAGGUGAGCUAGCUCACUGGAAGUUCUGGAGGGAUGCCCCAAUACUCAGUAGCGUGCGAAUGGUGGGUGAC